CGAAUAAACUAAAUUUCACCUUACAUAUGCGUAAGGCAACUCACACAAAUCUUGAAUGCACAAUACCGUUGACAUAUCUUCCAUACCCGGUAUGGACAUAGUAGCUGUAUCAGGCACCCUAUCAUGAUGUAGUAGGUUCCAGUUGACAUCUCGACGUUCAAUGUUUGUAUUAUUUUUCAAUGUUAAAACUUGAACCCCCCCCCCAAUCAUCAACCCACUUUGAAAUCUACAGCAUUCAAGCAUCAAACACCUCGUCAUUGUUGCCCGUCGCUGUGCAUGGAGGUGCAUCAACCUCAUACCUACAUAACCUACAUACAUACCUAGGUUAGGUUAGUAUUAUAGUACUAUAAUACUAUAGAAACCCUUUGAUUCGCCCAACUUCAUCUAUUCUUCUUCUUCUACUACUACUACUACUUUCUUGCUACACUACGUGUGAGCAUUACUGCUAUGGCUUCCUCUCCUUCCAGGUCAGCUAGCCACGUUGACUCCGAUGGAGCUAAGAUGUGGAAAAAUGAUACCAUCGAAGAACGUAUCUUCUCUGCAUCCCUUAUCUGCCUUGAGGGCCAUUACAAUCAAUCUCCUGUAAUGGGACCUCAGUCCAUCGCCAAAGUCACUAGCAUUGUCUCUAAGACCCUUGAGAAGACGCAUACUUUCAAAGACGUGAGGGAAGUAUUAUCAAGAAAUAUCAGAAUAUGGAUCUGGCUGCGCCGCACUGUCUCUGCCACCAUUUGUGACCUUAACGAGAAAUCACUUGGUGUACGAUCCGAGCCUUUUGUGCAGACCAAGUUUCUAGAUAUCACCACUCCAGAGGUCACUGCCUUGAUUAUCAAGAAUUAUGUACCCCUGAAGGAAGCGCUGCAGAUGUUGAACAAGCUCAUGCACAUUGCCCGCAACCUAUUAGUCACCACUGAUCCUGAGGUGCCCCAAGACUUAUCAGCUGCUAUCUACUUCGAUCACGAGGUAUACGAGGCCAUUUGUCUUUGUGUUAACGUCACAAGUAAAGGUAUCGAUGGCGAGAUGCCGGAGGACGAGGCCUCCAGAGCCAAGCUGAAUGAGAUUACUGAACUCUGCAAGAAGGUCCUUGUUACCUCCCUACAGCAGGCUCAUAACUGGAUUGCGAAGAAUGACCGCAACAAGAUGUUAUUCUGGUAUAAAGUAUUGAUCGAGUCCCCGGAUGCUGACAGCAAUCCGGGACCAGAUGAUCGGCAUGAAUCGGUCUUGGAUUAUCCAGCGCCUAGGAGCAUCCAUCUUCGUGACGAGAUAUCUAACUGGCUCAAAAGAUCCUCACGGAUGUGUGAUACUGCCGUUGAAAUAUGCAAAGAAUACUUCGAGGCACAGAGUACUGAGAAAAAGGACCGGUGGCUACCGCACGAUGAGAACAUCCUUGCUUGGAACUACAUGCCACCUGAGACGUGGGCUUGGCAGCCAGAUACAUAUGAUGAAGCUGCUGAGGCAAUCUCAGCGUGGAACCCCGAUGAGACUAACAAAUUCGAGCAAGACAGGGCGUAUGGCCAUGUAUCGCACGAACUUGAUAAGUGGUGGUACGGUGCGCGUAUCCCGAAUUCUAAUGACUGGAAUCUAGACAUGUACUCUACCAUCGACUCCGUCCCCCAGCGUAUCAAAGAAUGUGAGGCCAACCUUAUGCAACGCUAUGCGGCCGCAGAACCCCAAGAAGAACCGAGCGAUGUAAUUGAGCAACCUAUGGAAGACGAUCAUAAUUCCGAUUGGCAAGGACAGCCAUCCCAUCCGUCCCAAAACUUUGUCCCUGAAUAUGAUGAGUACGAGGAAGAAGCUGAUGACGAUGAUUCUUAUGGGGAAGGGCCUAUGACGGGACUCCUCACCGAAGUGCCCAACAUCCUAGACCCCAAGCAAAUUGAGGCGCUUCACAUGAUUGUGAAGUCGUGCAUUCUGGAUUCAGCCGGUUCUGGUGUGACUCGAUUCGGCGAGAACCUUCAGCAAACCCGGUGUCGCAUUUUUCUUGCCACCGACUGCGGCAGAAACCUCUUGAGGGAGAUGCUUGUCUUCAUCGCGGUCUGGGAGAAGGACGAGCAGUCUCUCAUAUUUCAGAUCAGCAGCCAGAUUGUCCAGGCGAUUCACGAGAACUCUCUAGUCCCCUAUGCAUGGAUGGCUCUUCGAAGCCCCAAGGACAUCAUAUCGCCAGCACAAACAGUCCUACUCCGACUCCUAACCUAUCUUUUUCGUACAGCCCUUCUUCCGCCUAAGGACUACGACCCUUUUCCAGACACGAAAGCGGGAGAUGUAGAGAAGAUCCUCGCGAAUGAAGAUGUCCGGCUCGGGAAAAUGUUGAAUUAUUUGUACGGACUCUUCCGAAGCCGCAUUGUCCCAGAGUGCGUCGCCUUGAUGCAGAUCCAGGGCGAGGUCCGUAAAGACAGACUAGACCCCACAGACUUCCCAGUCGAUAACUGGGACCUCGAGCGCGCAAAGGAUGGCUUGGUGCAGUACCUCGACUUUCUUUACACUGUUGCUGACAUACAUCCUCUCCGUCAACAUCUAAUUGAUUACGAGGCUGUGUACGAGCUUCUUCAGCUGCUUGAAGGUCUUGAUGUUGGGGUGGAAAAGGCCCCGUUCCCAGGAGGCCGAAGAAAUGACCCUCCUCCUGCUACGCCUUCCACAACUACCUCCACUCCUCAGGCGUCGUCAUCCCACAACCCGCCCCCUCCACCACCCCCGCCACCCCCUAUAUCCGAACCACCACACGAAUUCCCUUGGUCAGGCAUCAAGGGCCAGGUGCUUUCAAUUCUUGCCGCCCUCUUACAGCCUCCACCUGGCCAGUCUUCGCCCGGUAACCCUACAGUACAACUCCAAAUUUUACGGCACAAUGGAAUCGUUGCGCUGCUCAACUGUUGCCUGUAUGACGAUAACAACCGCUUCUGCCGCGAGCGAACACAACUCUGCCUCAAGUGGCUUAUGGAUGGGUGCCCUGAUGCCUCGGCAUUCUUGCAGAACCUAGUGGGCUCAAAUCAGGGACAAGCAGUGACACGUCCGCCACUGGGAAACGGAAAUGUGACGCAGAACGUGCGAAUCGAUGGCGUGCCCGGUGAAGUUCGCGUCCAAGUGCGCAGCUCGAGCGCGCCCGCCGGGGAAGUUGGUGAGGUCGUUGGAGACGCAGCCACAGGCACGAGCCUGAGGAGCCGAUUAGAGGAGAACAAGAGUCGCAGUGAAGAGCUUGUGAAUGAUCUACUAGCAUUGACGGUAGACACAGCGGGCGAGAUGAUGAUGGCGCCUGAUGGGGAUGAGACGGAGGAAGAUGACUUUAUAUGAUCAAUUUAAGGAUUAUUAUAUGAAAAAAGGCAAAUGGCAAUUCAUGGUAACGGUUGUGAUGGUAAGACUCGGAAUUUCGGCCCUCACCUAAUGAGAUUAUAAGCAGGAAAGACGACGAGUUUCAUUGAAUCGGCGUGGUAAUAAAAAUAUGGGCAGCAUCUGGGGUUCGGACGAAUAACGAUAAGGUUACAUCUUUUUACUUGUCAUUGCCAAUGGGUACCGGCAGGCUGUUUGACUUUGUGGACAGCUUAAGCAGCAGAAAGUAUCAUAAUAAAGGGGGGCUGUUUCCGGAUGAUCGUCGUUAAAUGGAGUCUUCGGCAUGGAUACACGUAGACAAAACAAUUGCGCUUUGUACAAAGAGUUGAUACAUAAAUCUAAAC